UAUAUCUUCAAAUUAAGCAAUUGCUUCUUAAUAUUUCAUUUAAAGUGUCUAAUCCUUGUGAUUAUUUCUUCGGUUUUACAAAAAAGAUUAAAAGAAUAUUUCAAAUCUAUUGUUGAGUAAAAAUGUCUGUAACAGUAAAACUACCAAAGUUACAAGAAGGUCAAACGUCGUAUGCUGGAAUUCCUCCAGCAGUCUUUGUGGAUGAUGUUGACCAAUUUAUGAGUUUGCCGGAAAAUAAUCAUCAAGCUGAGAAAGUUUUAAAGUCUCUUGAUGAGCAGCAUAGCAAAUAUAAAUUCAUGGAAAUGAGCAUGGUUUCUCGCAAAAGACGACUAAGGCAGCAAGUUCCAGACUUGCAGAAAUCACUUGAGAUGAUUAAGGUUUUGAAAGAACAAGAAGACGAUGAGCUUGAAACUAAUAUUUUAUUAAGCGAACAAGUUUUUGUCAAAUCUAUUGUACCAAAAACGGAAACCGUUUGUUUAUGGCUUGGAGCAAAUGUAAUGCUCGAAUAUCCAUUAGAUGAAGCUGAAGAGCUCUUGAAGCAAAAUCUUGAAUCAGCCAGUAUGAAUCUUAGAUGUUUAGAGCACGAUCAAGAAUUUUUAAGAAAUCAACAAACAACAGUAGAAGUAGCAAUGGCUCGCAUUUACAAUUGGAAUAUUUCAAAGCAGAAACAACAGCAGAAAUGAAUUUAAUUUACCUAUGUUCAUUUUCAUGAUUUCUAUGCUAAUUUAUUACUAAUCAAAAGGCGCGUUUUUCAUUUUCACUAUUUCACUUUCGAUAUAUGUACUACUAUCGCAGCAAGUAUGCAUAAUAAAAAUCACAUUUUCUAUCCUGUGGGAAUCAUGUACUUG